AUGGAAGGGGGUGGAGAGAGAAAGAGGAAAUCUCCUCUAAAGUUGGACUGGGAUAAGCUACUCGGGCAAGAGGACGACGAGGAUCCGGUUCUGUUGGUCAAGCCGGCGGCAGGGGCGGCGGCGGAGAAACCGAUGACUGACGGCGGCGAGGAGUCAUCCAGAGACGAUCACUUUCGGCAAACGUCUGAUGACGACUUGAAGAUAGAAAUUAAAAGGAUGAAGAACAAUUUCUCUGCUUUGGCCGCUAACUUGCCUGACCGCGGAGACAAGUUACUAGCUAGCAUAAAGCGGCGCGAAGAGGAGUUGGAGCGCAGAAAACAUCAGAAGGAAGAUGGAAGAUGCAAGAAGCCCAUGCAGUCAACUGACCCAACUUUUGUUGGUGUUUCUGAUGUCUCAAGGCCAGGGGCUUUAUCAUCUGUACCUACAUCGCAGUCCCUAUUUGCUUCAUGUUUUUCCAGGAAGUUGGAUGACAAAACAGGUUACCGGGCGAGCAAUGCCUUUGAAGAAGAAAUGUCAGCUCUUUCUCGCUGUGAUGGCAAGAAUAAGAGAGGAAAUGGGCAAUUUCAAUCUCAUGGAACACGGAAGAGUGGCUUUUCGUCAAGGCAAAUGCCUUUUAAAUCACCUAAUCAUCUUUUUGGAAACACUGACAAACAACUCCAGCUGAAUGAGGAGCAAAGAGGAAGAAACUCUUCUACUCCUUCCCCCCGUUCUGAAGAAGAUUUCCCUGGCUGUUUUUCGAAGAAGAGGGAUUCUUCUGAUGUACAAGCUUCACAUGAUCUGACUCAGAACAAUUUUGGAAAAACCGUUGUAUUACUGGAUGAGGACCCAGAGGUUUCAGAAGUAAUUGCACAAGACAAAGUCAAUGAACGCAUCAAAGAGACCAGGAUAUACUAUCCCUCAAGGGAUGAUCCAGAGGCAGUUGAAAUUGGUUAUUCAGACAUGGAAUGCCUAGCUCCAGAGUCGUAUUUGUCAUCAAUAAUAAUGAAUUUUUACAUCAGGUAUUUGCAGUCAAGGGCUCCGACAUGCGCUGAAAGUGACUAUUAUCAUUUUUUUAACACAUAUUUUUACAAAAAGUUAAAACAGGAUGUCCUGACCAAGAAUGACGAGGAAACUUCAUUUGUCAAGUUCAGAAGGUGGUGGAAAGGUGUCAAUUUAUUUGAGAAGGCUUAUAUAUUUCUACCUGUUCAUGAAGAUCAGCAUUGGAGCUUGGUUAUUAUUUGUAUACCUAGUAAAGAAGAUGAAUCGCGUCCAAUGUUACUUCACUUGGAUUCAUUAGGGCUUCAUGCAAGCAAGUCCAUAUUUGAAAACAUCAGGAGCUUUCUAAUAGAAGAGUUGAAAUUUUUAAGACAAGAAGUUUCGCCUGAUUUUCAUAUUACGGACAAAAUAUGGCAACUAUGGCAAAGAUUCGACGAGAGAAAAAUUGAGGUGCCACAACAAAAAAAUGAAUACGACUGUGGUCUCUUUGUUCUCUAUUUUAUGGAACGUUUCAUUAAAGAUGCUCCUCAAAGGCUGAAAAGGAAAGACAUGUCUAUGUUUGGCAAGCAGUGGUUCAGACCUGAGAAUGCCUCUGAUUUGAGGAGAAAAAUUCGGACUAUACUCAAAAUAGAGUUCAGAAAUGCAAGUGAAGUAAGAGUUCAGCAAUGCAAGAUUGUUACUGUAUUCUCGGUCUAUGAUAUCCGUGCUCUUCCUCGGCCGUCUUGGCGAGCUCUCAUUGCUCCCUACAAGUCUUCAUCAUUGGUCACCCGGUUUUGGAGUUCUCCCCCCAUUACCUACAACAGAAACAGAGAAUAA